AUGGCAGACGACGCGCUCGCCGAGCUGCAGCGGAUGUCUGCUGAGGGCUCGACGGACUACACUCGAGUGCUCCAGCUGGCCGACAGCGCACUUGCGGCCGACCCUUCGUCUGCAGUGGACGCGCUGAGCUGCAAGCUGGUCGCGCUCAUCCACCUGUCGCGCUUUGAGGACGCGCUCGCCGCCAUUGCUGCUGCUGCUGCUGCUGCUGCUGCUGCUGCUGCUGCUGCUGCUGGCACCUCGUCGUCAUCGUCGUCUGAGUGCGUCGCACUGUACAAGAAGAUUAUGGCCGAGCACAAGCUCUCUGGCGACGCCGAGCACUUGACCAACUAUCUGUCUGCAAUUGCUGGCGCUGUGGUUUUGUCUCCCGAGACCAGCGCUGCUUUGUUGAACGAGGUCCCUGCCAAUCUGUCGACGUUUGAACUCUGCUACAACUCGGCAUGCAUCGACAUUGCGCGCACAAACCUGACUUCUGCAGCCACCAAGCUCGAGCAAGCCGAGGACCUCUGCAAGAAAACGCUUGAGGCUGAGGGCUUUGACGAGAGCGAGAUUCUUGCCGAGCUCGGCGUCAUUCAAGUCCAGCUCGCCGUCGUGUUGCACCUGCAAGACCGUAUCGAAGAGGCAAUGGCCAUCUAUAACCUGAUUCUCAAGUCUCGACCCAGCGAUGUUGUGGUCGCGGCAAUCGCCUCCAACAACAUUGUUGCCAUCAACAAGGACCGCGAGACCUUCGAUUCCAAGAAGCGUAUUCAGGCCACGCUUGCUGAGGGCCUUGACAAGAAGCUCAACUCUCAUCAGCGUCGCGUGAUGGCUGUGAACCGAUGCCUCCUUGCUUUGCACAUGAAUCAGAACGAGCAAUGCCGCCAACUCUUCGAGUCCCUGUCAAAGCAAUACCCAGACCACGACGUCCUCAUCCUCAUCUCUGCUUCGCUCUUGUUCAAGGAUAAGAAGGCCACAAAGGCCUUUGAGCUUUUGCAGUCGUACGCCGACACUCACAGCCAUGCCGUUUACGUCAACCUCACGCUCGCCCAAAACCACUUGGUGGCGAACAACCCUGGCCAAGCCGCGGCCUCGCUGCGCGCUGCCCGCUCGCUGCAGCACCGACCUGGCAUGGUUGCCACGCUGGUGUCUGUGUAUGAGCGCAUGGGUGAUGUUGCGGCUGCAGCGCAGGUUUUCGAAGAGGCCAUCGCUGCGACCCAGACCUCUGGUGCACCCUCCAAGCAGCUGCUGACGCUGAUGCGACAUGCGGCGCAGUUCUACCUGCGUCACAAGCAACCAGCACAAGCCGCCGUCCUGUACGAGCGUCUUUUCCGGGCCAACAAGAAGGAUCGCGCGGCUCUUGCCGGAUUGGUACUCGCCACUUCGCACGUCGAUGCAGCCCAGGCAGAGCAAUAUGCUGCCAGCUUGCCCGCUAUCGCCAGCGGCGAGCCCAUCGAUGUGGAUGCUCUCGAGAAUCUCGUGGUCGGGCGCAUCUCCCAGCGUGCCAAGGACAAGAACGCCGUCGCUGCUUCUGCAUCUGCUGACGCCACAAGCAACCCUGCUGCCAGCGGCCAGAAGGCUGCUCUCAAAAAGAAAAAGAAGCGCAAGCUCAACCCCAAGCGCAUGCCCAAGAACUUUGAUCCGAAGUUCACACCCGAUCCGGAGCGCUGGCUGCCCAAGCGUGAGCGCUCGACAUAUCGCAAGGGAAAGAAGAAGCGCGAUCUGGGCAAGGGCGGUUCGCAAGGUGCCGCCUCCAGCACGCCCGAUGCUGCUUCCGGCUCUGGGAUGACUGGCUCUGCGGCAUUCGAUGGCCGCGCCAAGACCGCUGCCCCGAGCGCAACCCCUGCUGCCGCCGCACCCGCCGCCGCGCCUGCUGCCACCGCUGAACCCGCCAAAAAGCCUCAGCAACAACAACACAACAAGAAGAAGAAGAAGGGUGGCCGAUAG